CUUACGCAAUUUGUAUGUUUCUUAAUCAAAUGUUACGUAGAUUAGUCCUUGAUUAGUUCAUUUACUCAUUUCUUGAGUAAUAUUACAUUUGCAGCCAAUAUAUAGAAAAAAAUCGACAGAUAACCGAUUUGAUAGAUCGAAAAUUACUAUGAAGUCGAAUAUCGUCGAAUCGAUUAUUUCGAUUAAUCGAUCAUUCAGAAGAAGGCAGUAAGAGAGUAGUGUGCAGUGGUUCAUAUAAGUGUUGUACAUUUUUGAACAAAGGACAAAUUAAAAUAAGGUUAUAGUGGAGAUGACUCCCUCUUUCUCGUAGAACGAUGUUGACCAUACGGUGACGAGGCCAGCCAGAUCGGCGGAAAACUACGUCACCAGUGACGGAUUCCCCCGAAACUGGGACAAAGUGCAGUGUACUCUGGCAUUGCGCUUUGCCGGAAUCUCUCUCACUUCAUGUCCUAGUACCCUCCCCCCCUCUUUUCCCCUUUCUCUCUCUCUCUUACUCUCAGGAUUGACCAAUCGUCUCGUCAUCCUCGAAUCCUCGAUCGAAACUGACAGGUAAUCAACGACGAAUGGUGCAGGUUCAACAAUAUAGUUUCUGGAGGGUUCAGUAUCAUGUCAGAUGGGGUUGAUGCUGGUGGCGGGGAAAACGAGGUAGAUUCCCAUUCCUGUUCGCACGCCGAUGUUGGAGAAUCAUCAAAUCCGAGAGAUGAGGAGAAUUUGGAUCCAGAUAAUGAAGCUGCCUUAAAUACUAAUUACGAUAGUGGUGAUGGUGCUGUACCAGCUUUUAGGUGUGAAAGGUGUGAGAACUAUGAAACUAUAAAUAAGACAGCAUUCUGCGCUCAUCAGGAUCAAUGUUUGGCUAGUGCUGAGCCAGGAGAAAGCACAGAGAAUAUAGAAGCUACUGAAAAUGAUGGAGAUGGAGAAGAAACGCAUCCUGGAAUUCGUUCUCAUAGGAAAAUGUUUGAAUGUGAUGUUUGCAAUAUGCAGUUUUCCAAUGGAGCUAACAUGAGACGGCAUAAGAUGAGACACACUGGUGUGAAACCAUAUGAAUGUCGUGUAUGCCAGAAAAGAUUUUUUCGGAAGGAUCACUUGGCAGAACAUUUUACAACACACUCUAAGACUCUGCCUUAUCAUUGUCCAAUUUGCAACCGAGGUUUUCAAAGACAAAUUGCUAUGAGAGCUCAUUUUCAAAAUGAACAUGUCGGCCAACAUGAUAUGGUCAAGUCUUGUCCUUUGUGCAAUUAUCGUGCAGCAACUAUGAAGUGCCUCAGGUUACAUUUUUUUAAUAGACAUGGAAUCGAUCUAGAUAAUCCAGGACCAAACAGUUCAAGUUCAUUGAUGAAUAGCUGUGCUCCAGGUGAAGCUAUGCCUUCUGCUCCUCUUUCCGAUAGUGGAGACAGUACUGGAAAUCGUUCCGCGGAUAAUGCAACACCGCCAAUGCACUUUCUAACACCUCACAUAGAAAUAUCAAUUCCUUAUCCAGAACAAACUACAAAUCAACGAAAUCCGAGUCCUGCCCCUUUAAAUGGAGAUAGCCCGAAUAGUCCUCAAAGUGCAGACAGUAAUAGUAAUGCUCCAAGUAGUAGUCACCAUCAGUUACCAAUUAACAGUAGUGGCAUUCACAGGAAUCUUGGUGGAAGUGAAGAGGCAAUUACACCUUCUAUUUCAUUAAUUCCUAUUAAGCAAGAACCAAACAGUAAUGGAGCGGAAGAAAAUGGAGCAACAUCCAGCAAUCUUCCAUUACCAUCCUUGAUAAAAGUCUCUCCAUUAAAAUCCCUUCUUCGAGACGACUUACGACGUAAACUUUCAUCUGGCUCAGGAAAUAAUAACAAUAACAACAAUAAUAAUAAUGGUAAUAAUAGUUCAAAUUCAAAUCCCCAUUCAAGAGGAGAACCUCCUAGUUCGACAAGGCCCGAUCAACGAAGUAGUGGACUUCAAUGCGCUCACUGUAGGAUUACUUUUCCUGAUCAAACAUUAUAUUUUCUUCACAAAGGUUGUCAUAGUGAAAGCAAUCCUUGGAAAUGCAAUAUUUGUGGAGAACAGUGUUGCAACUUAUAUCAAUUUAAUUCGCAUUUAUUAAGCAAAAGUCAUCAAUAAUUUUAUUGAAAGAAUAAUAUUCUUUUAAGAGCUCUUAGAACCUCGUUUAUUUAAAUAGUUAUUAUAUAAUAUAAAUUACUUUACUAUAAUUUAUAUGAACAGAAUCAUAAUCUUGAGUUAAAAAGAAUUGUUUUCUGCUAUAAAGCAUAUGUAUUACAAUGUUCCAACUUAAUAUUUUUAUUUAUUUUAAUAUCUAUAUAUGUAGAUAUUGAUUAACUAGAAAUCAAGUAAACGAGGUUCGAGAAAUAAUUUUGCAAUCUGGAAAAAGUCGUGCCUUCAUCAAAAUACCUUUGCCAACGCUCACAUUCGUCCGAAACGUGCUAAUUUGUGAUGGUACGAAUGAUCCGUCCAUGGAGCUUUACUAAAACGUAUUCCAGAAGCUCUAUUGAUAGUUUUAAACAUAGUUAUGUAUAUUUAGAUAGAAAAAAACAGUGACUAUAUUACCAAAAUGUGCUCUUUUUUUCUAUUCAAAUUCUUUUUACGCACUGUUUUCUGUUUGGUUUUUUUUGUAAAAUUAUUUGUUAAAUUUUAUUAAUUUUAUAUUUAUGUAAUGUGUCCUUAUCCAUAAUUUUACUUAGUUUUAUUAUAGAAAGGAUUUUAUGAUCAUUACAGAAUGUUGUUACUUUGGUUAUUUGUAUGUAGAAAAGAAUCACGAAUAAUCAAGGAAAAUUACUUACAAACUAAAUUUCAGUUGUCAAUUUAUUAUUAUGGUGUGAAAAAAGAACCGAGCCGUGUGUUACAUAUAAAUACAGAUAUAUAAAUAAGAAAAGGAUAUGACAACUAAAAUAUUGCGUCAGUAUAAGAAAUAUUUUAUAUAAAAAUAUUUGUACAGAAAAGUAUUAAAGUAUAAAAAAGGUAUGCAAAUAAGAAAGUCAAGACAUCAUAUUUCAGAAAUUGAUAAGAAUAUCAGAAUAAAAAUCAUUAUGUAGUUGUUAAAGUUAAAUUUUACAUAAAGGUAUAUAAAGUUAGAAGUUAAUUGCAAACUAAAUUAAAAUAAGAUCAGUAUUUAAUUAUGGUUAAAUGAAAAUUAAAUAUUUGUUUCAAUAUAAAUAACUACAAAAAGGUUUAUUUCAUUAAUAGUUGCGAAAUAUGAUUUCGAGACCUUAAUAAGUGUUUUGUGUACGUGUGUGUGUAUGUACGUUUAAUACAGAAUAUUCAAUUUAUGUGCAUAAAUUUGUGUUAUUAUACUAUGUUAUGUAAUAUACAAAAAUUUCGAAUCACAAUCAUUAGAAAUUUAUACUAAAAUAUCAUAGUUAGUUUCAGAAAAUAAAAGUAACAAAUUACAAUAGAAUGUGUAAUUAAAUUGGGUACUCUGUACAUAUUCUAUAUUAAACAAGUACAUUAAGCGCGAUACGCACGAUUACUGUUAUCAAUGGUAGUAGUUAUUUAAAGAUCGUUUCGUAAAUUGCGUAAUAUUUAAUAUAAUUACUACUAUUACUAUGUUAUUACCAUGAUUAUGUUAUUAUUAUUAUUGUCAUUAUUGUAUUAUUUAUCGAUACGUAAGUUAUUUAUUGUUACUUUGCAUUCCAAUAUAUUAAGUUUUAAAUAUGCCUCAA